AUGUCUCUGUCCGGUAAAGAGUCCCAAGAGGACCAGUACAAGGACGUCAAUUCCGAGGCCAACUCCAUUGCCGAGUACCAAGGAUUCGACGCCCAGGCCGAACAUAACAUUCAUGACCUUGCCAGAACAUAUACCCGUGAGUCCUUCAGGGACGACGACACCAACACCUCGAUCGGCUUGAAGAGAUACCUCUCCAACAUGACCAUGGUGCCAGGUGUGUCGCCUUUCAACCACGAAGAAAUCGCGGAAGACUCGCUCAACCCCGACAGCGACAACUUCAACUCCAAGUUCUGGGUCAAGAACUUGCGUAAGUUAUACGAGUCGGACCCCGAGUACUACAAGCCCUCCAAGUUGGGAAUUGCCUACCGCAACUUGCGUGCGUACGGUAUUGCUGCCGACUCGGACUACCAGCCCACCGUCACCAACUUCUUGUUCAAGACGGCCGUCAACACCUACCGUUCCAUCAAGAAGCGGGACGAAUCGCACUACUUCGACAUCCUCAAGUCCAUGGACGCCAUCAUGAGACCAGGUGAGGUUACCGUGGUGUUGGGAAGACCAGGGUCCGGUUGUUCCACCCUUUUGAAGACGAUUGCUGCCCACACCUACGGGUUCGAAAUCGGCGAGGAAUCGGUCAUUUCCUACGACGGUUUGAACCAACACGAGAUCAACACCCACCACCGUGGUGACGUGAUCUACUCGGCCGAAUCCGAUAUCCAUUUCCCCCACUUGACCGUGGGUGACACCUUGGAAUUUGCCGCCAGAUUGAGAACCCCCCAGAACAGAGGUCCCAACGUCGACAGAGAGGCCUACGCCAAGCACAUGGCCUCCGUCUACAUGGCUACCUACGGGUUGUCGCACACCAGAAACACCAACGUCGGUAACGACUUUGUCAGAGGUGUGUCCGGUGGUGAGCGUAAGAGAGUCUCCAUUGCCGAGGCCUCGCUUUCCGGCGCCAACUUGCAAUGUUGGGAUAACGCCACCAGAGGUUUGGAUGCUGCCACCGCCUUGGAGUUCAUCAGAGCCUUAAAGACCUCCUCAGCUAUCUUGGAGGCCACCCCAUUGAUUGCCAUCUAUCAAUGUUCCCAAGACGCCUACGACUUGUUCGACAAGGUCGUCGUCUUGUACGAAGGUUACCAAAUCUUCUUCGGUAAGGCCGACCAGGCCAAGGACUUCUUCGUCAGAAUGGGUUGGGAAUGUCCUCAAAGACAAACCACCGCUGAUUUCUUGACCUCCCUUACCAACCCAGCCGAAAGAGUUCCUUUGCCAGGCUACGAAGACUCGGUGCCUAAGACUGCUAAGGAAUUCGAGCAGUACUGGAAGAACUCUCCAGAAUACGCUGCUUUGACCAAGGAAAUCGACGAACACAUUGCAUUGACUGACAAUGGUGACACCAAGCAAAUGUACCACGACUCCCACGUCGCCAGACAGUCCAAGAACAUUUCCGCCAAGUCCCCAUACACCGUCUCUUUCUUCAUGCAAGUCAGAUACCUUAUGGGCAGAAACAUUUUGCGUGUCAAGGGUGAUCCUUCCGUGUCGAUUUCGUCGAUUUCGGGUCAAGUGAUCAUGGCUUUGGUUUUGUCGUCCGUUUUCUAUAAUAUGAAAUCGGUCACCUCCUCGUUCUACUACCGUGGUGCUUCCAUGUUCUUUGCCGUUUUGUAUAACGCCUUCGCUUCGUUGUUGGAAAUUAUGUCCAUGUUCGAAGCCAGACCUAUUGUUGAAAAGCAUAAGCAGUAUGCUUUGUACCGUCCUUCUGCCGAUGCCUUAGCCGGUAUCAUCACUGAAUUGCCAACCAAGCUUUGUAUGUCUACUGCCUUCAACUUUAUCUUCUACUUCAUGGUGAAUUUCAGAAGAAACCCUGGUAGAUUCUUUUUCUACUGGUUGAUGUGUGGUAUGUGUACUUUGGUCAUGUCCCAUUUGUUUAGAUGCUUGGGUGCUGUUUCCACUUCUUUGGCCGGUGCCAUGACUCCAGCUUCUGUUUUGUUAUCUGCCAUGAUUAUUUUCACCGGUUUCGUUAUUCCUACUCCAAAGAUGUUGGGAUGGUCCAGAUGGAUCAACUAUAUCAACCCUGUUGGUUACGUUUUCGAAGCUUUGAUGGUCAACGAAUUCCAUGACAGAGACUUUGAAUGCUCCAGUUUUGUUCCUUCCGGUCCAGGAUACGACGACCUUCCACUUGAAAACAAGAUUUGUAGUGUUGUUGGUUCCGUUCCUGGUUCCCCAGUUGUGUCUGGUACCCGUUACAUUGUUGAAUCCUACAAGUACUACAACUCUCACAAGUGGAGAAACUUUGGUAUUGUUGUUGGUUUCGUCAUUUUCUUCUUGGCUGUUUACAUCUCAUUGACUGAAUUCAACAAGGGUGCCAUGCAAAAGGGUGAAAUUGCUUUGUUCUUGAGAUCUUCUAUCAGAAAGGAAAAGAAGAAGGCUAAGAAGAGCGCAGCUACCACUCAGGAUAUUGAAAACGGUAACAUCAACGAGAAGGUUGAAUACAAGGACACUGUUGAAGCCAACAGUUCUUCUUCUUCUUCCACCAAUGAAUUGCCAGCUUCCAAGAAGAUCUUCCACUGGAGAGAUUUGACCUACCAAGUCAAGAUCAAGUCCGAGGAUCGUGUUAUUUUGAACCACGUUGAUGGAUGGGUUAAGCCCGGUCAAUUGACUGCAUUGAUGGGUUCUUCUGGUGCUGGUAAGACUACUUUGUUGAACUGUUUGUCUGAAAGAGUUACCACUGGUGUUAUUUCAGAUGGUGUUAGAAUGGUGAAUGGUCACUCAUUAGACAGUUCUUUCCAAAGAUCCAUUGGUUACGUCCAGCAACAAGAUUUGCACUUGGCUACUUCUACUGUUCGUGAAGCUUUGAGAUUCUCUGCUUACUUGAGACAACCAGAAACCGUCUCAAAGAAGGAGAAGCAAGAUUAUGUUGAGUACAUUAUUGAUUUGUUGGAAAUGAAGCCUUAUGCCGAUGCCUUAGUUGGUGUUGCUGGUGAAGGUUUGAACGUCGAACAAAGAAAGAGAUUGACUAUUGGUGUUGAAUUGGUUGCUAAGCCUAAGUUAUUGUUGUUCUUGGAUGAACCAACUUCUGGUUUAGAUUCUCAAACUGCUUGGUCUAUCUGUAAGUUGAUGAGAAAGUUGUGUGACCACGGUCAAGCUAUUUUGUGUACUAUCCAUCAACCUUCUGCUUUGUUAUUGAAGGAGUUCGAUCGUUUAUUGUUCUUGCAAAAGGGUGGUCAGACUGUCUACUUUGGUGAUUUAGGUGAGAACUGUUCCACUUUGAUUAACUAUUUCGAGAAGUACGGUGCCCAAACUUGUCCAAAGGAAGCUAACCCUGCCGAAUGGAUGUUGGAAGUUGUUGGUGCUGCCCCUGGAUCUAAGGCUAGACAAGACUACCACGAGGUUUGGAAGAACUCUACCGAAUACCAAGAUGUUCACCAAGCUUUGGAUGAUAUGGAAGUCGAAUUGGUUAAGCUCCCUCAAGAUGAAUCCCCUGAUGCCCACAAGAAGUACGCUGCUCCACUUUGGAAGCAAUAUCUUAUUGUUUCUCAAAGAGUUAUUGUUCAAAACUGGAGAUCUCCUGGAUACAUCUACUCCAAGAUCUUCUUGGCUGUCUCUACUUCUUUGUUCAACGGUUUCUCUUUCUUCAAGGCUGAUAACUCUAUGCAAGGUUUGCAAAAUCAAAUGUUUGGUAUUUUCAUGUUCAUGAUUAUGUUCAACACUUUGGUCCAACAAAUGAUGCCUUACUACGUUCGUCAAAGAGAUGUCUAUGAAGUUAGAGAAGCUCCAUCGAGAACCUUCAGUUGGUUCGCCUUCAUCGCUGGUCAACUUACAUCUGAAAUUCCAUACCAAGUUGCCGUUGGUACCUUGGCUUACUUCUGCUGGUACUAUCCUAUCGGUCUUUACCGUAACGCCGAACCAACCGACGCUGUUAACAGUCGUGGUGUUUUGAUGUGGUUAUUCGUUUCUGCAUUCUUUGUCUAUGCGUCUACUACCGGUCACUUGUGUAUUUCGUUCAUCGAAAUUUCUGACAAUGCUGCUAACUUGGCUGUUAUGUUGUUCACCAUGUCCAUGAACUUCUGUGGUGUUUUGGCCGGACCUGAUAUUCUUCCUGGUUUCUGGAUUUUCAUGUACAGAUGUAACCCUAUGACGUACUUAAUUCAAGGUAUGUUGUCGACAGGUUUAGCGGGUACUGAAGUCAACUGUUCUGACACUGAAUUGUUGAGAUUCAACCCACCAUCUGGUCAAACCUGUGGUACCUACAUGGAGAACUUCCUUAAAUUUGCCGGAGGUAACUUAUUGAAUGGUAACGCUUCUUCCAACUGUCGCUACUGUCCAAUGAAGACUACUGACGAUUUCUUGAAGUCUGUUAAUACCCUCUUCUCCGAAAGAUGGAGAAACUUUGGUAUCUUGAUUUGUUUCAUUGCCGCCAACAUCUUACUCACUAUUUUCUUCUACUGGUUGGCCAGAGUUCCAAAGGGUAACAGAGAGAAGAAGAAGGCUGAGAAGAAAUAA